GUCCCCAAAAUCCGUCAUGGAUUAUCUCUCUAAACCCGGGUUCCUCAGCGUCGUCGCUGGAGUCGCGUGCGGAGUGUGCCUGGGAUGGGGCAUUCGGGGGAGGCUUUUAAGGCAGCCCAAAGCCGGAGCGACCGCGCCUGCGAACAACCUGGGGAGCGAAGCCAACGUCAUGGGGGAGUCCGGGGAGUUCAAGAUGGUGCUGAUCGUCCGCAACGAUUUGAAGAUGGGAAAGGGUAAAGUAGCAGCACAGUGUUCCCACGCUGCUGUUUCUGCCUACAAGCAAGUUCAGAGAAGAAAUCCCGAACUGCUGAAGCAGUGGGAGUACUGCGGACAACCUAAAGUGGUCCUCAAAGCUCCCGAUGAAGAGACUCUGCUCCAACUCCUGGCUGAUGCUAAACACCUCGGUCUGACUGUGAGCUUAAUACAGGACGCGGGUCGUACUCAGAUAGCUCCAGGCUCCCAGACGGUCCUGGGUAUCGGACCGGGACCAGCUGAUGUAGUAGAUAAAGUUUCUGGUCACCUAAAACUCUUCUAAACCGGGGACCAAAGAAAUCUGAUCAGUACUGAAGGGAUAAAGUCCAAGUUUUUGGAUUUUUCUGUAUGUUCUCUCAGUAUGAAUAAAAUAACCAGGUUUAGUAAGAGAUUUAAAUUUGCAAAUCAUGAGUUUCUCUAGUUUCUGUAUUGUUCUAAAGUGGGAAAGAAAAGGCCAGGCUCAAUGGAGUUGAGGAAAGUGGAGCUGGCAGAAUUUUCCUCCCCAUAAGAGGGAACCCAGCAUAUUUAAGACUUGUGCAAUUGAUUAUUUUGCACUUGGUUGAAUAAAGGUUUAAGUGAAUUUGUCCCAUGUGCUAAAAACGACAGGUUCCCCCUCUCUGCCUUACAGGAGGGUUUUUUGAAGAGA